CGCCCUUAUCCGUCCUAUUAGCGACCCUCAUUAUCCUCCUGGUGAGGGAUUCUUCGCAUCAGUGACUGUGCUUUGCCCCCCCUGUACCAUCCGGUGCUUCACGUUACUAUACUCGUCCUUGCCUAAUUGACCCACAGCGAGUACAACGAGCUAUGAGCACCCAAAUUCCUGACCCUCACGAUCCUGCUUCCGCCUCCGACAUCCUCAUGCCCCCGCGGUGGGGUGAGAAUAAAUGCGAGUUGAGCACGUUUUGCACUGGUCUCCGUCACAGCUCACUAGCGGAGACAACGAGAGUGACUUCUUUGAGGCGCUACGCCGCCAUGGGGAAGAUCAAGCAUCGCUUCCUCUUGUUGGAAGCCAUAAGAGAAGGAAUUCGACUAUGCAUCCGUUUGGAUCGCUACCCUGGAGGGCAGGGUAAUCAGAAAUUGCUGGCGAGUACCUAUUCGCCCGCAGAUGAUUCGGUUCGUCUUUCUAUGAUAGAAGAGGCACUGGUCCAAAAAGGCGACAAUCGCGAAGCCGUGAUCGACUUUGAUGACCCCGUCCCCCUCAACCGUUUUGGAAGGGUGUUCGAUGUCGUCCGAAAUGAGUCCAUGUUCUAUACUAUUACCAAGAAAAACUGUUGGUUUUUUUCUUCCGUAAUUCAAGAGCUUUCAAUCCUCUUCUUCGGAGGCCGUUUCAAUCAGGGAGCGGUACUGAAUCAUCCUGAGCUAAACAAACGAUGCCGCAAAUUAAUCAAAAACAAACUGUAUGAUGUGCUCCAUGUUUCCACCUCAAUCAGAGAUCUGGAAUCCCUGGUGCUUGCGAUGCAUGAGAAGUCGCUUGUUGGACCCGUUCUUCGGCUGUUGCGCAUUAUGAAAGCUCAAGACAGGUUGCUAUAUUGUUCCAGCCUCAGUGAUUCCGUGGCCAUGCAAGGGUAGCGUCUUGUUUGGAAAGGAUAUUGAGCAGUUGGAAAGACGUGGUAUAUGAGCAUCUGCGUGCGUGUAGUGGUGUGCCUGGAACAAGAAAACUUGGGGAGGGUUUUCC